AUGGCGUUCUUUGCCAAGGAUCCUCGCUCGCAGAUGAUGCUCGGUGGAGGAGAGCGGGUCAGUGGAGCUGAAGUGCGCGAACAAAACGUCCAGGCUGCGGUCGCUAUCGCGAAUGUCGUCAAGUCUAGUUUGGGCCCUCAUGGACUGGACAAGAUGAUGGUCAGUGCGAAAGCCACCGGUGAAAGCCGGUGAUCCUACUUUGCUCUACUCUACAGCAACUGAUGGCCUUCUGCAAUUGCUCCCGAUCCUACUGUGGGAGAACGACCCUUUCGCGAUGACGAACACCGGUGCCACUAGGUGGAUGACAUCGGCGUAAGUAUACUCGCCCACGGUGUGAUCUGGAUGUCUCUGAUAGUGUAAAUCGAAUUCAUCUCUGAAUUGACCCGUUUUCUACUAUCCCUACUCUUCCUGGUCCCGGUUCCGCGUGCAAAGGACGUGACGAUUUCCAACGACGGCGCGACCAUCCUCAACCUGAUCGAGGUCGAGCAUCCCGCUGGUCGCAUCUUGGUGGAACUGGCUCAACAACAAGAUAAGGAGGUCGGUGAUGGCACCACUUCCGUCGUUAUCGUUGCAGCCGAGCUAUUGCGCCGAGCGAACGACCUCGUGAAGAACAAGAUCCAUCCUACGACGGUCAUUACUGGCUAUCGUCUCGCGUGCAAAGAGGCCGUCCGCUUUCUGACCGAGCAGCUGUCCGUCAAAGUGGACUCGCUUGGCAAGGAAUGCUUGGUUAAUAUCGCAAAAACGAGCAUGUCGAGCAAGGUCAUCGGCGCGUAAGUCCCCGUUUCGCUGUCGUGAGAGCAGCGAGGCCUCCUUACUUAGCAGCCCGCUCCGCCGGAUCAUGCGGAUCACGACCUCGCCCGCACAGGGACGAUUCUUUCUUUGCCAACAUGGCUGUUGACGCCAUGCUAGCUGUCAAGACGAUCAACCCUCGCGGCGACAUCAAGUACCCGGUCAAGGCCGUCAAUAUCCUCAAAGCGCACGGCCGAAGCGCAACCGAAUCGGUGUACGUGAAAGGCUAUGCUUUGAACUGCACAGUAGCGAGCCAAGGUACGUCCAUGCUGCUUUUUUGGAGGGGUCGCACAUUCGAGGCGGUCUUUACUUACAGCACAAGGCAAUUCUGCUCAUAGCCAUGAAGACGAAGAUCACCAACGCGAAGAUCGCCUGCCUCGACAUGAAUUUGAUGAAGGCGCGGAUGCAUCUUGGAGUGCAUAUCACAAUCGAUGAUCCGGAGCAGCUGGAGGCAAUUCGUAAAAGGUGAGUGAAACUGCUCUCGAUGUCGUCAAUGACUGCUCACGCGGCCAGUCUUCGCAUGCUGUUGCAGGGAAUCCGAAAUCACGCUCGAGCGGAUCCGAAAGAUUCUUGCGACAGGCGCCAACAUCAUCCUCACGACGAAAGGUAUCGACGACCUGUGCUUGAAGGAGUUCGUCGAAGCGGGGGCGAUGGCUGUCAGGCGAUGCAAGAAAGAGGACCUUCGACGCAUCGCGAAAGCGACGGGUGCAACCAUGGUCAGCAGCUUGGCCAAUCUCGACGGUGAGGAGACUUUCGAAGCAAGUAGCCUGGGUCAAGCAGACGAGGUUGUGCAGGAACGCAUCAGCGACGACGAGCUGAUCUUGGUCAAGGGGACAAAAAUCGUCAACUCGAGCUCAAUCAUUUUGAGAGGAGCCAAUGGUUAGUGCUCGGCUAUUCGUUAGUUUGUACAAGCGGUGGCUCGGAGCUGAUUCCUGGUCGCUUUUUCCUGGGCUAGACUUCCUCCUCGACGAAAUGGAACGAGCGCUACACGACUCACUCUGCGCGAUUAAACGAACCCUCGAGAGUGGCAGUGUCGUUCCGGGCGGUGGCGCAGUCGAAACGGCGUUGAGCAUCUACCUGGAGAAUUUUGCGACUACUCUUGUAUGUCAACCCCCAGGUCGGAAGUUAUGCAUGUGACUGACUUGCGCUUUCUCUCACAGGGAUCACGUGAGCAACUAGCCAUUGCUGAGUUUGCAAGUGCCCUGCUGGUCAUUCCCAAGACGCUCGCUGUGAACGCAGGCCAAGACUCAACAGAAUUAGUUGCCAAGCUGCGAGCGUAUCACAACGCUGCACAGACGGCUGCGACUGGAGAUCCCAAACGAGGUCUGCGCUUCUACGGGCUCGAUCUUGCUAAGGGCGAGCUUAGGGACAAUGUCCAGGCCGGUGUCCUGGAGCCCAUGGUCAGCAAGGUCAAGAGCUUCAAAAGUGCUCUCGAAGCUAGCACUGCAUUGUUACGAAUCGACGAUCGGGUGAGAUGA